UAUCGGAUACCCCCAUAAAUCUACGCCCAAAUAACAUUACCAAUUACUAGUGUGCAUGGACUGCAGUUCACAUGGCCUCCGCUGUGCGUAAUGAAGAUGAUUGACGAGUUGGCAAAUUAGUGUUUCUUUUCACAUAUCUUAAAGUUGUACCCUGAACAAAAACAUGUUUCUUUUAUUACCUUUCUUGUGUGCCUUAAUUCAAAUUUUAAACCGGUUUCAUUUCGGGGUCCCUGAUCAACCUAAUCCCCAUUGACGAACUAUGUUCUGUUACUUUCAGGGUCACGGGAGGUCAUCCAAACCAAUACGCUUCGUCUAAUGACCGCUAGAUCACUCUCUCAACAGUGUGUAUGGCUGGCCAGUCGGACGCAUGUUAACGUAGCGCCACACAACGUCUGGGUCAGUAAAGCAACGUCACGUUCCAGCGUUACUCGGGGUAACGCCCUACGACGCAACGGCGCAGUUAACAGGUGUCAAGGUAGCACCUUUGUGUGGACUUUCAAGCAAACAUGACCGAAAAGGUGGAUAUGGGCGCCCCGCCGCCGUACCCGGCACAUGACCCGGGUCAGCCCGCCGGACUGCCGGGCCAGCCUACAGUGUACCAGCCAUCACCCGGCCAACCUGUGGGGAUGGGACCUCCUGUGCCCCCGGGAACUACCGUUGUGGUCGGCCAGCCGGUCCCGAUGAUCCCACCUGACCACCCUACCCGUAGCAAGGACCCAGUGAGGAUGACAUGCCCGACCUGUCAGCAGAGUAUCCAGACUACCAUCGAGCGGCAGAUCGGGCUCUUCACUUGGAUGGCGGUGGGGAUUAUCUUCCUGGUCGGGAUGGGUUUCCCCCUGCUGUGGUUGGGGUGCUGCUUCAUCCCCAUGUGUAUCCCCAGCUGUAAGGACGUCAGGCACACCUGUCCCAACUGCCAAACUCACCUGGGCACCUAUCAGAUCGCGAGGUAAACACCUCAGCAAUCUGACAGUGUACAACAUCAUCAACACACUUAUUUUUCUUGUUUGAUUUGGUAAUCUGUGAUUUAAAAAAAACGUGGUUUUCGCAUUGAUAACUUUAACGAAAUGUUAAACAUCCAACUAAUAUAGUAUUUCAGAUUUGUUUGAUAUGGUAAUCUGUGAUUUAAAGAACGUGGUUUCCGCAUUAAUUACUUUUACGAAUAUAGUAUUUUAAAUUGCUGUUGCAUCGUAUUUCUUUUUUUGAAUUUCAUUUUAUUGCAUGAUAUAAUGUCGCCCAACCCCUGUACGGUACGUGUUUAUACUUAUAUACGGGGCGUUUUUCUUAUUAGCUUUAAGAGAAUCACUGUCAUUAAAGUUUCGGUCAGUAAGGUUUCAUUGUGGAAAAAAUGUAAUAAUGUAUUGAAUGCGUCCCUUCCUACACAUGUUGCUAAUCCGACUAUAUUAAUGCUUUUAACAAUAACAUGUCUGAAUAUAAUCUUUACAUUAGAAUAUAUUCUUACUUAUGCGAAACGUUUUAUAUGUAAUUUCAACAGUACCCCAAUAUUGCAACGAAGCUCUAUAAAGGACAACGAAAGGUGUUUUCACACUGUAUGUUUUGUAUAUAUUGCUGUGAUAUCUUACAAUAAAUGUGAUGUUUUAGCCGUGUGGCUAUUGCUAUGCAAA